AUGGCUGUAGUAUACUUUGUCAGUGGCGCAAACCGUGGAAUUGGUUACGCUUUCGUAGAAGAAUUGGCAAAAAGGCCCGAUGUGAAAAUUAUUGCCACCACACGUAAUGUUGAAAAUUCUACUGAACUAGUUCAAUUGAAGGAGAAGACUAAAAAUAUCGAAAUUGUGAAGCUCGAUGUCAGCUCUGAAGAAAGCAUUGAUACUUUAGAUGCCCAAUUGAAGGAGAUAGCUGCCGAAGGAAUUGACGUCUUCAUUUCGAACGCUGGGAUUUCUCAGGCGCUGUACAGAGUGAUCAAUGCGCCUCGUGAUGUUUGGUUGAGACAUUAUAAAACAAACACAUUGGGUCCGGUUCUUAUUUUCCAAGUAUUGUAUCCUUACUUAUUGAAAAAGCAAACCAGAAAAAUUGUGUUUGUUUCUAGUUUAGCUGGAUCCUUGGGACAGUAUUUACCAUUCCCCACAUCUGCGUAUGGCCAAUCUAAAGCGGCUUUAAAUUACUCUGCGAAGGAAAUUAGUAGUGAAUUGGCCCCAGAAGGUUUUACUGUAAUUGCAACUCAACCCGGUGCAGUGACAAGUGACAUGGGAAUUGCAAACCAGAAGAUCAUCCCUGACCCUAAUGUACGUGCAGCUUUAGCAAAAAUGUCCAUUACACCAGCGGUAAGUGCAGUAAAGCAACUUGAGCUCAUAGACAAUUUAACCAAAGAAUCGAAUGGGAAGUUCCUUAACUUUGACGGUUCCGAACUAUUGUUUUAA